ACACGAGGCAUCGCCAACACCCCACCUCCCCUAACACUCUCAUUCCUAUUCCAUUCUAUUUUCAGCAUCUUACGGCUAGUAGCUAUCUCGAUGACUGCCACUACAUCAUCCGCCCUGGCCUAUUCAUUCUUUAUCCUUUGCACAAAAAAUAUCCCGCUUACUGUCUUCAUCCUCGUCACUCUAUUUCUCCUCACGAGCUUUGUUGUAUACAAGACUACGACGUUGUUGCGCAUUAGGCGAGUCCGCUCUCAGUGGACAUCGAAGAGGGAACUGAUUCUGGACAUCGAAUCGAAGCGGCCAGAUGGAGACCACACUUCAACCGGAAAGAUUGAAUCACUACCUCUCAUCUCGCACUUGAGGCCAAAAGCAGGCGACAGAAUCCGAUCCUUACAUCGACGACUCAUAACUUCCUGCGGCUGUUCUGCUCCCAUUUAUCUUCCUAUAGAUAUCAAGCGAUAUUCUACCAAAGACUCCGAGCUCUCUGCAGUGCAUGGCACUGAGAACAACUGUCAUGAACCAUGUCCACCGACCUUCGCCGAACGUCCGUCAAGUCUGCUCUUAUACGGUUCGAAGCCUGGCUUGGACUCUGUAGGGAGAUACGAAGGAGGAUAUGUCGAAGGAGUCCUCCAAACAGCAUUAAUACGGUGUAUGCUGCGCCGGCCGGGAAGCAGCAUGUCGUUUCUUCCAUUCUAGCUAGACGCUUGUAAACCCAAAGUUCUUGUCCUCGUUCCAUCACUUCUUUGGGAUUAGAUACAUCAU